UUGGAAUAUCGGCUACCGGACGUCAACAUGACGUCAUAUUCUGUCGCCUGACUCGCUUUGACAGAAAUUCAAAACUCCUGGCGGUAGAAAAUCUAUGUUUACCUUUUAUACAUUUUACCCUAGUGGUAUUCUCAAUGAUAAUUACUAAUUAUAAAUAAUGUCGGAUUCUUUUUGCUGAUUGUUGGACGUUGUCUUACUGCCGACUGAUUUACUUGACUUCUGUUUUUAAUUCGUCAAACGUGUGUAUUGAGUGUAGUGUCUGGGAAACUGCUUCAGUUUGUUGAAUGCAAUGGCUCCUCUCAAAUUUGUCAUUAAGUGUGGGAACUUUGCUGUGCUGGUGGAUCUCUACGUCCUGCCCUUGGGCGGCCAAGAGGACGCCAGCUGGUUUACUACAAGCCACAUCGAGGAAGUUACAUCUCUGGUUCGGGAUGCUGUGGAUCAAAGAGUUAAGCAAUACAUAGAGUCCUCCUAUAACAGAAGACCAGCAAAACAUAAAAAGGAGCUGGCACCUGCCUCUGCCUUUAUCGUUAAAGGGAAAAACUUCAGCUUGGUUGCCAAUUUUCUGAAGCGUCACUUUAACCUCCGAUGUAUUGUCAAUCAGCUCACUGGUGAGUUACAUGUGUUUCCCGAGCGCUACGUGGUGUGCGUAAGCCGUCCAGAGGGUGCUGCAGUGCACUAUGGAAAACUGAGCCCAACCACAACCGAGCUGAGCGAACAAAGCAGGUCAGAAUAUUUUUCCAGAGAGGGAGAAAUCCAAGAGUCUUUCAACUGCGCCGCAAAAAUAAAGAAGACUGCGCUUCAAAAGAUAGCCAAGAAAGCGAGUGUCCAGCAAGAUCACUGGGGUCUCAGUGGGGGGAAGCAGCAAACAGACUGCGCUGAAGAGUCAGGAGGAAGCUCGAAAGAAAGUGCGUCCAACCAUGGCGGGACUACCCCUUCAAAUAUAGAGCAGCAUGUACCGGGCUCUCAGAACGAGGGCUGGGCCAAUCAGCAGCCGCCUUCUAAUUGUCCUCCGCAAAGCAUCAACCCAAACUUGGCCUCAGUAGGCAUCUGCCCACGGGAAACCAGUCCAAGACCCAGGCAGAGCAAGAGGUCUAAGCCCAGCGAUGCAGCAGAAGACCCUCGCCCACAGAAGGCCAAGAGGACGGACCUCCAGAGACCUUCAGCCACAGUGCAAACUCAGUCCACUGAGUGCAUCACGCAAAUAUCCAAACAGGACCUUCUUCCUCUGACGCCCCUUCCUCCAGACGAAACAGAGGCUGCGUCCAAGGCUUUCCCAGUCUCCGAGUACAAGAAAACCACAGUGGAAGUGGAGCUGCUUACUCCAGGGAAACGGGACCAGAGGCUCCCCCUCACAAGCAAUAACACAGCACAGACGAACCAAAACAAGCUGGCCACAAGUCUGAGGGGCCUAUCUGUCAAGCUCGCAUCCUCAGGCUCCUCUAUUGGUUCCAGAUCCACAGGCGGGGAGGAGGGAAGUCAGAAUGUGCCCAGAACCUCCAGAUUACGACGACUAAAGAGGUCCUGAGGGGGGACAGAGGAGCUACGGUAAAGAUGCCUGACGCCAUAGAGAUAGAUGUGAAAUUGUGUCAGCAGUCAACACACACACACACACACACACACACACACACACACACACACACACACACACACACACACACACACACACACACACACACACACACACCGCUUACGACAAUUACUAUUCUUCUCACACAAAGCCACACAUGCUGGCCCAUUACGGAACACAUAAUUGAUACAUGAGCCUUUUGAGUUAUGUUUUGUCAAAUACUUGAAACAGACUGCCUCCACCCAUAAGUAGUGGUGGUCAAGAGAGGCUUGCGAGUGAAAGGCAAAAACCCUUAAUUGGAGUUUAGACUCGGGUUUUGUGUUAAAGAUCGGGGAUUUCAGACAGGCAGGAGCCAUGCAGUACGUCAUGGCUUUCAGUCUGAAAUCCUAGGCUCCUACGUGUCUGAAAACUGUCCACUUUCUCUGCUGAGGCUCUGCUGUGAUUGAUUGCUGUUUUUCCGGAUCAGUUUUUUUGAAAAACUUUUCAUUUGUACACCAUUUUCAUUCAUGCACAAAUCUGUACUUCCUGAAACAAACAAGACCAGUCUUAAAACGUCCUGACAACUAUAGUGGACAUGUGUUUUACACAACAGGGCUUUUUUUUCCCCCCAAAAUGUGGACAUUGUUUUUUUUGGGGGUCAAUUGUCCACUGCUUAGGACAUUUGACUAAAUGCCAGAGUGAACUGCAGAGGAAUUUUGUUUUAUUUUUUUUCCUUAUGCAAUGCGUUGUACUGAAAUAUAAGCAGUUUGAUUUGGAAGUACCGUAUUUCCUUGAAUUGUCGCCGGGGCGCUAAUUAAUUUAAAACCUCCUCUCUCUCCUGCGCUUACCAAAGGCAUGCGGUAAAAGUAAGCAUGCGCUAAUUAUUCCAAAACCUCUUCUCACUCCUGCGCUUACCAAAGGCAUGCGGUAAAAGUAAACAUGCGCUAAUUAAUUUAAAACCUCCUCUCACUCCUGCGCUUACCAAAGGCAUAUGAGAAAAGUAAGCUUGCGCCAAUUAAUUUAGAACCUCUUCUCACUCCUGCGCUUACCAAAGGCAUGUGGUAAAAGUAAGCAUGCGCUAAUUAUUUUAAAACCUCUUCUCACUCCGGCACUUACCAAAGGCAUGCAGUAAAAAUUUGAGUGUGAUGUAAGCUUGGACCUUAAAUCCUACUGAAUAGCUCUUAAUCUUCUUCCCCUUAUGCGAUUUCAAAUUACGGGUAUUGAAAUCAGCCUCCUCCAUUUUGAAAAUGAUGACAGGGGAAGUGUCCACGAGUUUGACGAGGUGGUAAUACUAAGCAUGCGCUAAUUAUUUUGCGAAGCGAGUUUGACCCGGCAGUAAUUGAAGGCAGGCGCAUACUAUAUACCCGGCGGCAAUUCCAGGAAAUACGGUAGCUAGAACUAGCAGCGAGUUGAUACCCUCACACCAGCCGAGCGUCUGUCAGGGAUUCAUCACAUUGGCAAUGAUCCCCGCAGCCCAACGAUAUCCAAUAAGGACUCCGAGUCUCAUUCAAGCGCCUUGAUGCUCUUCCAUGACAUGUCACCUCGUAAUAUACUUUUAAUAAAGCGCGGUUCUACUGAAUGAUGGUUUAUGAUCGGAAUAAAUCCGUUUUCCUAGGAAACAAGCGUCUCCACAUUUUUGACAGGCACAUAAAUUGCCUUUUCGUCAUUCGGAAGAAAGCGUGGUGAUAUAUGAUGAUCCGCCUAAUAUCUGACACACACACACACACACACACACACACACACACACACACACACAGUACAGAAGCCUAACGCUCCAAGAACUUUGACAGUAAACGUCUGUCCAACGACACCAACCAACAGAAUUCCUCAGAAGGUGCUUACGUAAUCAAAGCUGAGGAACACGCAGCAGCCAAAUGGGAGAAAGAAGCAAGUUGUAAAGACGUGGUGACAAUCCAUUCAAUCCAGAAUUUGCAGAGGAACUUUGUCACCUCUGUUACAACGCGGUAAUACCUCGUUUGUAACUUGCAACCCCUUCCAAAAGAUAUGACGGACAUCAUGAAUUUAAUGUUCCAAUCCGUUCCAGACGUCCAAAAAUAUGAACACAUUUAACAGCCAAUAACAAAUGAUUGAAAUAAAUAAAAAUACAAAUA